UGGACGUGGAACGUUUCCAUAGUAACCGAAACAAUCCUGUAGGUUAGCUUCUGGGCAAAUUUACCUGUUUUUAUUUUAGUUGUGGUGAAGCAAAUUGUUUCCAUUAGACAUGGUGGAGGUGGAGGGUUCAGAUUCAUACCUGAUACGACCGAACCAUCAGCACAAGUUUAAACCAACCAUCGUAAAGGAAUAUAUCCAUGAAAUUCUGAGGGAGCGUCUAUCAGGGGUGCUGUACGACCCAGAGAGUGUCCCAGAGCUGACCCGUUCACUGGCAGAGGCUGUUAAGGACAAAGUGAAGAAUGCAGGAUUUGACAAAUACAAGCUCAUAGUCCAGGUGAUCAUUGGAGAACAGCGAGGACAAGGAGUCAAGAUGUCUUCCAAGUGUUUGUGGGAUGCUGACACGGACAACUAUGCAGCAGAUGUGUUCAUGAAUGAGAGCUUGUUUUGUUUGGUGGCAGUUUUUGGAAGCUAUUACUACUGAAGAUGUGAAGAAUUGAUUAUUUGAAGUCGUUUGACAUGAAGUUUUGGAGGAACAUUUAAGAGACUGCACACUGUCAGCAUUUCAGCCUCUGGAGUCUACAAAAUGUAUUUUUUGUAUCGUUUUGAAUUAUAUGAUUAUUACUUUUCCUGCAAAGGGCCUUUGCAAAUGUAGUGAUUAAAUAACUAUUGUUGCUGUAAUGUCA